UAGGUUAUGAUUCGGCCAUUGCUGUGCCCAUUCGUGACGCUCACGCGCGGCAGUUAGAAAUUCUGGGACGGCGAUGAUAGGAGAAUCGCGUAGUCGCGAGGGUCUGCUUACUUUAGCGAUGCCUCAGGUAUUACUGAGCGACGUGGCGGUCACGAUGGAGCUGGAAGCAAGUCAAGAACCAUGGCCCCAGCCGAUCAUUCUGUACCAACCGUACGAGGUAGAGCAGAUUUUGCUGCCUGACAAUGCAAAUUGCCUGGCGGUGCAGGCUUUUCUCAAGAUGUGUGAGCUGAAAUUUGAGAUAGAACCGAGGAAGAAUGCGGAGUUCAUGUCACCGUCUGGCCGGGUGCCAUUUAUUAAAUGCGGCGGCAAGUUGAUAUCCGAAUUCGAUGCUAUAGUGACGCAUAUAGGGAGCAAGGUAACGAGCCUGUCCAGUCAUUUGGACCAUGAAGCCAGAGUGGAUAUGAGAGCAUAUGUGUCCUUGGUAAACAAUGUAUUUGUAAAUGCGGAACUAUAUGUAUGCUGGGUGGACGAAGCUGUUUUGAAUACAGUGACAAAGCCCAGGCAUGGAAGUGUAUAUCCGUGGCCACUUAACCAUUACCUGAAUUGGCAAAAGAGAAGAGAGGUCAUUAAGAAGCUCAGUGUGCUUGGUUGGUACAACAAAAGUUUGGACCAAGUGUUUGAUGAUGUAAAGAAAUGCUGCAUUGCUCUGUCAGAGAGGCUGGCAGACGAGGAGUUUUUCUUCGGGAAAAAACCUAAUGAGUUGGAUGCUUUGGUGUUUGGUCACAUAUUCACGAUAAUCACAACGCCGUUACCCAACAACGAGCUGGCUAAUAUCGUUAAGGGCUAUCCGAAGCUCGUCAACCUCUGUAAACGCAUCGAGACUAGCAUUUUUCCUCUUGAAGCUAUAGAGUCAAAAGCAAAAGAGUCAAAAGCAAAAGAGUCAAAAGAACGUAGUGAAACGCUGGAGCUCAAGAAUAAAGUCAAUGAUCCAGGCGAGGAUUUAGUUAAGAAAAAAUAAUAUGGUAACCUUUCCUGAACUUGACUAAAUUCAAAUUUCACGUACCGAGCGAUCGCAUGUCGGGAGAAAUUGAUGUGUAUAGAAUCUUGAAGACUGUUUCGAUUAGAUGUAAAAUUCACUUGCCGCAAGGCGCACAUCAUUUAGCAUGAUCAAUCUGUCCGUCGUGUUAUUUAUAUACUUAUUAAUUACAGCUGUAAUUAUACGAGAUAUCAGUAUUGUAUGUUGUUAAGUACAAAAAAGGUGUGAAAUUAAUAUACUGGUGCCGAUAAUUCGCAGCAGGGUAGAAGAGAAAAGAAUCUAGUCAAUACAACCACUCUCCCAUAUCCAUCUCUGUAUAUGUCGCACGCCGGGAAGUGACGCCAUCGCUGACGUAACACGUGGGUAAUGGCUGCAUGCGUAAAAUAUGAUUCCCUGGUAUAUAAUUUCACGAUUCUAACGUGUGAUAUACGAUCGAGUACUUCUUGUCUCCAGCGUUUCAAUUCUCACACGAAGCGAACAUGCCUGUAUACCUUUGUAAUUUACACCCCUCUCGUCAAUUUACUUCUACACGUAGUGACAAACGUCGCAGGGGAUGAUUGAUGAUCGUGACACGCAAGAUAACAAUAGAAUGCACAAUCGUGUGAUGUACAAGACGUUCAGGGCGAGAUUAGUUAAACAGACGACGCGGGCGAUCUCACGAAUAACAAUCUGCUUUAUUACUAUAAUGUAUUUGUGCAUAAUGUGUGGUUGUUAUAAUCUUAAAGUAUGAUAGACAC